GCCAUGGAACACUUCUGCUGUGAAGAAUCGAGCCAUUCCAACAUGGAUCAUCCAAAGCAUUGUGUUUGCGCUCAUUUCAGGAAGGAUCCCUUUCUACGAACUGCACGGAUUGCUUCCAUCAGUGCAACUACCAUUGCGUGGAUGUGGUGGCCUACACUGGUUCUUGCUAUUCCCAUCGUAUCCAUUCUACAAGCAACUUGGUGUACUUCUAGCCAAAUGAGAAAGUGUGGCCUCUAUGCUGCCGCCGUGCUAGCCUGCAUUGCCUUUGUUGAGGCUCUCUAUAUUGCAAUCCAGAGGAUUACCGAGUGUGGAAACAAUCUCUUUUUGGAUUUUAUGGACGAUGACAACCGAUACCGUCUGUAUCAUGAGUACCACCAAGAUUCUCCGUAUUGCUAUACUGGUCGUGUUCUUUUCUUGGGAGCGGCGGCAGUUGUGGAUGCAGCACUCUUUCUUUUGGUGGCCGUAUCUACAACAUAUUUUGCCAUCUAUCAUUAUGAUGCUGCUUUGGCAAAGAGCAUUCAAGAUGCUGAAGAGGCACAAGAUGAUGAAAGACAUGCUGUGCUGUGCGGCAUGCAACGAUCGCACAAGCUGCUGAAGGAACAUCCAAGAAACGACCGCUACACUAUCAUCUGUUGAGUUCUUUUGGGAUUUCCCACCUUGCAAACAUGAUGUGACAGUUUUUUUAUAAAAGAUAAGGCAACAUACAUACUUGCGGAAGCUCUUCCAAAGCUUGAGGCUAGUAGGGCGCAGUUUAAACGAUGGCCUGCAGAACGUGGAACUGUGAUUCGAUUCGAUUUCGUUCCUGUUUGUGGAUACUACGACUGCGGCUGUCGCAACACCAGCACUAUGUGAGGAGUUGUCGGUGCCGCAGCUCGGAUCCAGUUUUUGGAAGGAUGGCCGUGCAGUACCGUAGCAUUGUACCUUCUUCUAUUGAGGUGUCUAUCGACAAUUCAUGUACCGUACGUAGGUACUACUAGGCCCGCCUAUACCGUACUAGUACGCCGCGGGAAAGCAGCCAACCCCGCGAUUUGCUGAUCGCAGUG